CACUUCCUUUGUCUGCUUCAGUGGUCAUGCUUAAGAAAGCUGCAUAGAAAACGGUCUGUUUGCAACAAUGGGGUCCAGGCAGCUUAUUGUGUGUGGCAUCGUGCUUGCAUGCGUCAGGCUUAGUGAUGCUCGAUUCCUCAGUAUGACAGUGCCAACUUACUGGGGCAUCGAGGCGCAGAAGCCUGCAGAGGUGGAAGCCGAGCCAGCAGCAGAACCUGAGAGAGAGCACUCCAGAGAGUCUGCUCAACAAGCUGGCAGGCUCCAGGCGAAGCAGAGCCAGCCAGAAGUCGAACCACUUUCCUGGAAGUAUCCAGAAGAUCCAGUGGAUCCAAUGAACAAGCUUCCUGUCAAGUUUGAACUGCGGCAGCCAGUGACAACCAACCGUGUUGCUGUAAGGUGUGGGGAAAGUAGGAUCCAUGUGGAAGUGAGUCAGGACCUGCUGGGCCUCGGUAAGCUGAUAAAGCCGGAGGAAAUCACACUUGGUGGUUGUUCAGCCACUGAGAUCGACAACUUGUCUCAUGUGCUGAUCUUUGAAUGUGAGCUGCACGGCUGUGGCAGCACACUAGUGGUUACAAAGAAUGCCUUCUAUUAUGCCUUUGCACUGGUCUACAACCCCAAAGUGUCUGGCAGAAGUAACAUCAUGAGGCGCCAGCGUGUUGUCAUUGGUGUGGAGUGCCACUACCUGGGGUGAAUUGAAACCUGUAUCAGCCUGCAAAGACCCACUUCAGUUUACUGUGGGACAGGGAAGACACCAGCUUUAUGUGUAAUAGCAAACGACAAUAAAAGUUUUAACGUCUCAA